AUGAACGACGGACGCAGCGCCGUCGACCCUGCGAAACACGUCGGUCUGCGCCAACUUGUGCACGGCCGCCGACGCCUCUCCGUCGCCGCGGGCAUGGUGGACGGACCCGAGUUGGUGGAAACGUCAUUGGCAGACGUGAAUUCCAAGCUCACGUCGCCCGUACGAAGUGUGACUCUGUCACAGACGAUGACUUUGUGA